GUUGGAAGAACUUUGAUCGAUCACCUAGUUGCGGAAUAAACACAAUCAGACAAUUUCCCGGAAAAUCACUUACCAGAGAUUCCCACAUUAACCGGAAGCAUAAUGGUUCACAAAGCCACCUACUGAUUGAUGAGACAGUCUCAAUUAUCAAAGGUUGCUCCACCAAACGACUUCUCCCCCUGUAACUCUUUCUUCGACAAACUCUGAAGUAGUUCCGAACCGUAUAUCAUCAGCAAAUGGAGGUUUCAAUGUUGGGUUCCUCACGGAGUUUCCUAUUAUCCUCGAAGACACACACACCGAAACCCACAAGCUCUUUGACAGAAAGAGGCCAAAGUUGUCUGAAAAUGAGAGUUGGUAAUCCAAUUAGGACAUAUUCAGUUCGAUCCCUCAAGUGCAACUCUGUCUCUGAGGAUUUGUUUGAGAGAAGUAGCCCACUUGAGGUUAAGAAAGAGCUAGAGACUUGCUUCGACCUCAUACAUAGGCUUGGGAGAGGGAUCCUCUACUUAGGUUCCGCUAGAAUCCAACCAAACCAUUCACAUUACCUGCAAUCACAAGAGCUCAGCAGAGAAGCAGCGAAUCUGUUGAACUGUACUACAUGGUCUGGAGCUGGACCAGGACUCAUGGAUGCUGUGACUAAAGGUGCUUUGGAAGCUGAGAAACCCAUUGGUGGCAUCAAAAUAGAAAAAGAAGCUGGUGAAUGGACUGCUUCCAAGGUUCAUCCUUACCUCCCUCCUCAAAACUAUCACACUUGCAGGUUCUUCUCGGCGAGGAAGCAUGGACUGGUGGACGCUGUGGUUAGGAGCAAUGUUUCUGACAAGACAGCGGUUAUUGCAUUGCCAGGAGGCAUUGGCACGCUUGAUGAGAUGUUUGAAAUUUUGGCAUUGGUUCAGCUCAAAAGGAUUGGAUCCGUGUUGCCGGUUCCGUUCAUUGUGAUGAACUAUGAUUCUUUCUACUCAAAGCUGUUUGAGUUCAUUGAGAGUUGCGAAGACUUGGGAACUGUUUAUAAAGGAGAAGUCUCUGCGUUGUGGAAGGUAUGCAACAGGAACUCUGAAGCUUUGACAUACUUAGCUGAGUUCUAUGAGUUGCCAUAUGGUUCUACAAAAUCUGAAAGUGAACUUAGAGAAACUACCUGUGGAUGAUCAUCCGUUUCUUAGCUCGUUUUGGGGGUUUCAACUUUUAAGAGAUAAUAUUUGUGACCAUGAACCACACUUCUGAAGGGUAUGUGUGUGUGUAGUUUAUGUAGUACCACUAAGAUUUCUCAUUGUUGUCACUUCCAUCUUGUGUUUAUUCUCUUAGCAUUACGUUGUAUUUUGAUAUGAACCUAUUCUCUACUCGGCCAUAACCGAGCCUUAAUAACUGAGAAGGAAAAAUUGUUAAAUA